UAACAGGACCCCAAUCGCCACUCACAGACAACGCAAGCAACUGACGACGAUGGUGCUAGCAAAACUGAGGAGCGUCUUUGCGGGCCGGCCUCAAAUCCUUCUCAACGCCGGACACCCGACCCUCCGCACAAAAGCCCUUCCCGUCGACCCCACCACCCUCCAAAACCCCAACAUCCAACGCGUCAUCACCCAAAUGCGCCUCGUCUUCGACUCCCCGUACACCCCCGUCGUCGGCCUCGCCGCCCCUCAAAUCGGCCACCCGCUCCGCAUCAUCGCCUACCGCAUCACCGACCCGGCCAUCCUCACCUCCAAAUCCAUCCCGAAACCCAUCCCCCUCACCUUCCUCGUCAACCCGGUCCUCACCAUCACUGAUAAGCGCCACCCCCGCGAGUGGAAUGCGGAAUAUGAGAGCUGUGAGAGCGUGCCGAUGUAUAAUGCGGUUGUGAGGCGUGCGGAGAAGGUGCAUGUGCAGGGGAUUGGUUUGGAGGGGGAGAGGGUGGCGGUGAAUGCGAACGGGUUUUUGGCGAGGGUGCUGCAGCAUGAGAUCGAGCAUUUGGAUGGGAAGCUUUUUGUGGAUGUUAUGGAGGCGGGGAGUUUGAGGCAUGAUAAGUACAUCGACAAAUACGAGUUUCGCGAACAGCGCGAACAGCGGAAGAAAUGAGAGGGUGGCCGUAGUCGCGAUAUACGGGGAGAGCAACACACCCGAACACAACAGUUCCCGACUUACACUCACAGUGAUACUCAUAUACAUGACAUCGCAUGCCAUCACCGAGCCGGUGAUGCACAUCGAGCCACUGACCCUGCCCUGCCUCAGCAACACUACUAACCGCACUCGCGCGAUGGUAGCCCGUCUCUCGCGGCGUAUACGAACGCUCACCACGCUCUGCCGAAUUCGAAACAGAGUCUUCACACCGCCGGCAUACCAGCACCUGUCAACUAUAUUCCAUC